GGUGCCUCAAGACUGUCCAUCAUUUUAAAGGGUGCUUCGGGACUGUCCAUCAUUUUAAAGGGUGCUUCGGGACUGUCCAUCAUUUUAAAGGGUGCCUCGGGACUGUCCAUCAUUUUAGAGGGUGCCUCGGAACUGUCCAUCAUUUUAAAGGGUGCCUCGGGACUGUCCAUCAUUUUAGAGGGUGCCUCGGGACUGUCCAUAAUUUUAAAGGGUGCCUCGGGACUGUCCAUCAUUUUAGAGGGUGCCUCGGGACUGUUCAUCAUUUUAAAGGGUGCCUCGGAACUGUCCAUCAUUUUAAAGGGUGCCUUUGGACUGUCCAUAAUUUUAGAAGGGUGCCUCGGGACUGUUCAUCAUUUUAAAGGGUGCCUCGGAACUGUCCAUCAUUUUAAAGGGUGCCUUUGGACUGUCCAUAAUUUUAGAAGGUGCCUCGGGACUGUCCAUAAUUUUAGAAGGUGCCUCGGAACUGUCCAUCAUUUUAAAGGGUGCCUCUGGACUGUCCAUAAUUUUAGAGGGUGCCUCGGGACUGUCCAUCAU